AUGACAUCAGCGAUUGCGUCACGCCUCAGUCGCAAUCUCCUGUCGCGCGGUAAGAAUCUCGACGCAACAACACGCGUUGAUUCGUCGUUAUCUCCACGUUUCCAGAAACUUGUCGAAGACCUAAGAUCUUGCAGAGACAUUGUCCAAGUUUCUCGAAUUCAUGGCUACAUGGUGAAAACAGGGAUCGACAGGGACGAUUUCGCAGUGAGCAAGCUCAUUGCUUUUUCUAUACAAGACAUACGAUACGCAUCGUCGAUCUUCGGAAAUGUCUCCAACGCUAAUCUCUACAUGUUCAACACAAUGCUCAGAGGCUACUCGAUGAGCGAUGAGCCGGAGCGAGCCUUUCGUGUAUUUAACCAAUUGAGAGCUAAAGGUCUCGCCUUGGAUCGCUUCUCCUUCAUAACAACUCUGAAAUCAUGUGCUCGUGAACUGUGCAGUAGAAUCGGCGAAGGGGUGCAUGGGAUCGUACUGAGAUCCGGGUUCAUGUCAUUUACCGAUUUGAGGAACGCUCUUCUCCAUUUUUACUGUGUUUGUGGGAGAAUCAGUGAUGCUCGGAGAGUGUUCGACGAAAUGCCGCAGAGCGUUGAUGCUGUUUCGUUUAGUACUUUGAUGAAUGGGUAUCUUCAGGUUUUUAAGCCUGCGUUGGCUCUGGAUUUGUUCAGGGAUAUGCGGAAAAGUGAGGUAAUUGUUAGUGAUAGUGCUCUGCUUAGCUUUCUUUCGGCUACUGGUGAUCUAGGAGACUUGUCUGGAGCAGAAUCUGCUUAUGGGUUAUGUAUCAAGACUGGCCUUGAUUUAGAGUUGCAUUUAAUCACAGCUUUGAUAGGUAUGUACGCCAAAACUGGGGACAUGAGUUCAGCACGCAGGAUCUUUGAUUGUGCUGCUCGAAAGGACGUUGUUACAUGGAACUGUAUGAUUGACCAAUAUGCCAAAAUGGGUCUCCUUGAAGAGUGUUUAUGGCUACUGAGGCAGAUGAAGUAUGAAAAAACGAAACGGAAUUCAUCCUCAUUUGUUGGGCUGUUGUCUUCCUGUGCGAGCUACGAAGCAACAUACGUAGGACGGAGUGUUGGAGACUUGGUGGAAGAGGAAAGAAUAGCUUUGGAUGCGAUACUGGGAACCGCACUCGUUGAUAUGUAUUCAAAACUUGGGAUGCUUGACAAAGCCGUUGAAAUUUUCAGUAGAAUAAAACAUAAAGAUGUUAAGUCUUGGACCGCGAUGAUCUCGGGUUACGGAGCUCAUGGACUAGCAAGAGAAGCAAUAGCUCUAUUCUACAAGAUGGAGGAAGAGAACAGCAAAGUGACACCCAAUGAGAUUACCUUCUUGGUUGUGCUGAGUGCUUGUAGCCAUGGAGGUUUGGUAAUGGAAGGAAUCAGAUGCUUUAAGAAGAUGGUAGAGGCAUACCGCUUCACACCCAGAGUAGAACACUAUGGUUGUGUGAUUGAUCUUUUGGGUCGAGCAGGGAAGUUAGAGGAAGCAUAUGAACUGAUAAGAAGUUUACAUAUCACAAGCGAUUCGACGGCUUGGCGUGCUUUGCUAGCUGCUUGUAGAAUCUAUGGGAAUGCAGAUUUGGGAGGACGAGUGGUCAUAAAAUUGGCUGAAAUGGGUGAGAAACAUCCGGCUGAUGCAAUUCUUAUGCUUGGAACACAUGCUGUUGCAGGUAAUUUACAAAGUCAACAAGAAUCAUUAGAUGAUGAGUUGUUUAAAGAGAAGAAGGAAGCUGGAUACAGCGCCAUUGAAGUAGAGUAGAGUUAGGGAAGCAAUCAUUCACCUCUGUGUUGAAAUGAUAAUAAUUAUGUCAACAGCUGUAGUUCAAAAUGCAGCAAUAAGGUAAAAGUUAAAACCAUGUGUUUAUACUCUGUUAAUAAAGUAUUCUUUGCAUUAAAACUGUAACCGUAUAUAGAGAAAAGACAACUAAUCUUAGUGAGAAGAAU